CCUUAAUUUUAUCGAUAGUGUCACAUGUAUGCGUAAAAUCAGCCACGUCUCUCAAGAUCUGUGGCGGUGUUUCCGUAAAUGAUUUUGUUGCGUGAUUGUUGGGAGUCUGUUUUUAUGUGACAGUUUAUUUGAAUCUAUUUCAUAGUUAAAUAUGCCGCUCAGACUCGACAUCAAGCGCCGGCUGACGGCACGCUCAGACCGUGUAAAGUGUGUUGACUUGCAUCCCACAGAACCAUGGAUGCUGGCUUCGCUGUACAACGGCAAUGUCCACAUCUGGAAUCACGAGUCGCAGCAACUCGUGAAAUCAUUUGAGGUUUGCGACCUGCCCGUCCGCGCCGCAAAGUUCGUGCCCCGCAAGAACUGGGUGGUGACGGGUUCGGACGACAUGCAGGUGCGCGUGUUCAACUACAACACGCUGGAGCGAGCGCACGCAUUUGAGGCGCAUACCGAUUACCUGCGCUGCAUCGCCGUGCACCCCACACAGCCGUACGUCCUGACCAGCAGUGAUGACAUGAUGAUCAAGCUGUGGAACUGGGAGCGGCAGUGGGCGUGCCAGCAGGUGUUUGAGGGCCACACGCACUAUGUGAUGCAGAUUGUCAUCAACCCCAAGGACAACAACACCUUUGCUAGUGCCUCCCUGGACAGGACUGUCAAGGUGUGGCAACUGGGCUCCCCCACCCCCAACUUCACACUGGACGGCCACGAGAAGGGCGUCAACUGCGUGGACUACUACCACGGCGGGGACAAGCCGUACCUGAUAUCGGGUGCAGACGACCGCCUGGUGAAGGUGUGGGACUACCAGAACAAGACGUGCGUGCAGACGCUCGAGGGCCACGCGCAGAAUAUCUCCGCAGUGUGCUUCCACCCCGAGCUGCCGAUUGUGCUGACGGGGUCAGAGGAUGGGACGGUGCGCAUCUGGCACGCCGGCACCUACCGCCUCGAGUCGUCGCUCAACUACGGCCUCGAGAGGGUCUGGACCAUCGCCUGCAUGCGGGGCUCCAACAACGUCGCUCUGGGGUACGACGAAGGCAGCAUCAUGGUGAAAGUGGGACGUGAGGAGCCGGCAGUGUCAAUGGAUGCCAACGGCGGGAAGAUAAUCUGGGCGCGCCACUCGGAGGUGCAGCAGGCGAACCUGAAGGCGCUGGCCGAGGGUUCGGAGGUGAAGGACGGCGAGCGGCUGCCGCUGGCUGUCAAGGACCUCGGCUCCUGUGACAUCUAUCCCCAGACCAUCGCCCACAACCCCAACGGCAGGUUCGUGGUGGUGUGUGGUGACGGCGAGUACAUCAUCUACACGUCGAUGGCGCUCCGCAACAAGGCGUACGGCUCUGCACAGGAGUUCGUGUGGGCCCAGGACUCGUCGGAGUAUGCGACCCGUGAAGGCAGCUCCACUGUCAAAGUGUUCAAAAACUUCAAGGAGCGCAAGGCUUUUAAGCCCGAGUUUGGAGCCGAAGGCAUCUUCGGCGGCUUCCUGCUGGGCGUGCGCUCAGUGACGGGUCUGGCGUUCUACGACUGGGAGACGCUGACGCUGGUGCGGCGCAUCGAGAUCCAACCGCGGCACGUCUUCUGGUCGGAGAGCGGUGAGCUGGUGUGCCUCGCCACGGAGGACUGCUACUUCAUCCUGCGCUACGACGCUGCCGUCGUGGCCAAGGCCCGCGCCCAGCCCGACACGCCCGGCGUGUCGGAGGACGGCGUCGAGGACGCGUUCGAGUUCCUCGGCGAGGAGGCGGAGACGGUGCGCACGGGUCUGUGGGUGGGCGAUUGCUUCAUCUACACCAACACGGUGAACCGAGUCAACUACUACGUGGGCGGCGAGAUCGUGACGGUGGCGCACCUGGACCGCACUAUGUACGUGCUGGGCUACGUAGCGCGUGAGGAUCGUCUCUACCUCUGCGACAAGGAGCUCGGUGUGGUGAGCUACCAGCUACUGGUGUCGGUGCUGGAGUACCAGACGGCGGUGAUGCGUGGGGACUUCGCUACUGCGGACCGCGUGCUGCCCACUGUGCCCCAGUCGCAGCGCACGCGCGUCGCUCACUUCCUCGAGAAGCAGGGCUUCAAGCGGCAGGCGCUGGCGGUGUCGACGGACCCGGAGCACCGCUUCGAGCUGGCGCUGCAGCUGGGCGAGCUGGAGACGGCGCUGGCGCUGGCACGGGAGGCGUCGUCGCGCCACAAGUGGCGGCAGCUGGCCGACCUGGCGACGGCGCGCGGCCGCCUGCGCCUCACCGAGGAGUGCCUGCACCGCGCCGGCGACCUGGGCGGCCUCCUGCUGCUCGCCACGUCCCUCGGUGAUGCAGAGAUGGUGCGGCAGCUGGCGGAGUCUGCAGACGAGGCGGGCAAGAACAACGUGUGCUUCCAGGCGCGCCUGCUGCUCGGGGACCUGCAGGGCUGCCUCGACAUCCUCGUCAACACGGGUCGCCUGCCCGAGGCCGCUUUCUUUGCCAGGACGUACCUGCCGAGCAAGAUGUCCCACGUGGUGCAGCUGUGGCGGGCAGAGCUGGCGCGGACCAACGAGAAGGCGGGGCAGUCGCUGGCGGACCCCGCCGACUACCCCAACCUGUUCGCCGGCCUGGCGGACGCCCUCCAGGCGGAGCAGUUCCUCGCAGCCGAGAGGGGCCGCCGACUGCCCGCGGCGGCGGCGGCCGGCAUUCCGAUGAACCACGAGCGCAAUCCGAUAGAGGAGAUGAAGGCAGCAGAGGCCGCAGGCACCUUCCGCUACGUCCCGGAGACGGCGGGGGCGGCGGUGGAGGCGGAUGAGGGCGAUGGCGGGCCGCCUCACCGGUUGGGAGGCACGUGCUCUGACACAGCGGUGACCGUGGCGGUGGCGGCAGCGGCAGACCCGCAGCCGGCUUCGGCACCCCCGCCAGCUGCAGCUCCCGUCCAGAGGAACCCCGACCCGUUGCUCGACGAGGACGACAUAGAUAUCGACAUCGACAAUCUGAAUCUGGACGACAACGGCACGGAGAACCUGGUAUAAACAGCAGGACCUGGACGUGACUAUUGACGAAGACGAGUUCCUCACCGACUGAAGUUCGUCCCGGUGUUCGGCACGACUGUGAGCGGAGGCAGGCUUCACUGCUUACGGGCAGAGACCGAUUUGCAGAGUAUUGAGAAAGUGUGGGGGCGUGCGGGAGAAUGUGUCUGGGAGGCACUGCCCACCGUGUGGUAGCACCAGCUACUUUGUGUUUACUUGAAUGUGAUUAUGUAUUAAAUAGUUAGCUUUUGAUAGUUA